CUCCUUUUUCCUAUCAUAAUUAGGCCACCUUCAUUUCUCUCUCAUAUUUCCAUAUAUAAAUGGAUCAUCAGGGUUGGGAUUUGAUAGAUGUAGUAAGAGGAAACAGCAACAACAACAUGGAAUCAUUCAUGUCUACUAACAUCAGAGAAUCCGCAACGUCUUGCUUUGUUCCUCGGAGCGUUCAAGAAAACGACGAUCUUUUCUGCGCUUACCCUCAUCUCUUCGAAACGACUACGGCUUUCGACGAACUGGAAGAUCUCUACAAGCCCUUUUACCCAGUUUUGCAUUCUCCUUUUUCCUCCCCGUCCACACCACUCGCCUCCUGCAUAUCUCUGCCUCAACAAGCCGAGAUUAACGUACCACAGAAGAUAAAAAAGGUGAAAGAAGCCGCCAGUAAAUACAAAAAGAGGAAAAAUCAGCAGAAGAAGGUGGUAAAACAGGUGAAAGAAGAUGGGCUUUGCGCGGACAUGUGGGCAUGGCGAAAAUACGGGCAGAAGCCGAUCAAGGGAUCGCCAUAUCCGAGGAGCUACUACAGGUGCAGUAGCUCCAAAGGAUGUUCGGCAAGGAAACAGGUCGAGAGGAGCCCUUCCAAUCCAGAAAUCUUCGUCAUAACUUAUACCGCCGAGCACAGCCACACGCACCCGACGCGCCGGAACUCGCUCGCGGGCAGUACACGAAGCAAGUUUCCGGCAUCGAAAAUGGCCUUCCGUCAAUUGGAUAUUGAUCAUAAAUCCAGUACUUCUGAUGAUCUGGAUAUUGUUGAUCAAAAGGAUCAUGAGUUGGUGCAAAACGAGAGCAGUACUAAAAGGGAAAAUGAGGAAGUAGUACUGGAUCAUGGAGAAUGUAGCAGUGAAACAAUUAAUGUCAUGCCAAAGCCAAAUCAUGUGAUGUUAGGGCAUGAUCAGAUGUUUCCGAGCUUAGAGGAUUUGGAAAGGGGCUUAGAGGAACUGGAUGGUGGGUUUCUUGAUGGUUUUGCCGAUGAUCAUGAUCACUUUAUUGAUGCUAAUUGGUUCGUUGAUCAUUACUCCACAACCUUAGCAGGAGCUUGCUGACACACUACUCAUCAAGAGACCAGAGUAGAGAAUCAUGUUUGGAUGUUUGUUUCUUAUAUUCGUAUUU